AAGGAUGCAGCAAAGAAGCAUUCCUAUCCCCACUUAUUCUUCAAAAUUCCUUUCUACUUAAACCCUAGCACCACAGGCUCGAUCGGAGAUAGAACACUAGUGCUUCUCGCUUUUCACUUUCUCAACCGAAUUAUUUCCUGCUAUUCGUUUUCUUCUGCCCUAACUCUACUUUGAGUUUGCAUAUGUGCUGCAAUGGACAAUAGUUCUCAGUCCUCUGGUACACAGUUUCGACCAGUAGGUCCUGCACAACAGGGACAGCCAUUCAUUCCAGUGGCUCCCCAACAGUUUCGGCCUGUUGGACAAGGGAUGCCAGCUGGUCAGAGUCCAUCGCUGCAGUUUUCUCAACCAAUGCAGCAGUUGCCACAAUGGCCAAAUCAGCCUGGCCAUGCUACACCUUCAUCACAAGCUGUACCUUUGCCAUAUGUUCAUCCAAAUAGGCCAAUGACAGCAGGUCCACCACAGUUGCAGCAAACUGCUCCCUCAGUAAGUAAUCAUGCGCCUGGGUUGGGUGCCUCUGCAAUUCCUCUCUCGUCACCAUAUACUUUUACCCCACCUUUUGGCCAGCCACAAAAUAAUGUCAGUGCAUCGUCCCAGUUCCAGCCGAUGCCUCAAAUACAUGCACCUGUUGUUCCUGCAGGUGGACAACCUUGGUUGGCCCCUGGAAGCAAUGGUGUAUCACAUGGUGCAGCAAUACAGCCAACCGGGCAGCAGCCUUCUGUAUCUUCUUCCUUAGAUCCAGCAGUGAAUGUUCCUAGCCAUAAUCAACAGUCUUCAUCUGACUGGCAAGAGCACACAGCUUCUGAUGGAAGGAGAUAUUACUACAACAAAAGAACAAAACAAUCUAGUUGGGAGAAGCCUUUUGAAUUGAUGACAGCGAUUGAGAGGGCUGAUGCAUCAACAGUCUGGAAGGAGUUCACCACUCCAGAGGGAAAAAAAUAUUAUUAUAACAAGGUUACAAAGCAAUCUAAGUGGUCAAUACCAGAGGAAUUGAAGUUAGCUCGUGAACAGGCUCAACAAGCAGUUAGCCAAGGAACCCCGUCUCAAGCUGAUGCAUCUCAUGCCCCAGCUGCUGUCGCUGUUACCUUGGCUGAAACAUCUACGACAGCUAUUUCAGUUAGCUCCAGCUCUUUUGGAGUAGCUUCAAGCUCAGUUCCAGUUACACCUGUUGUUGCUGUUUCUAAUGCUGCAGUGGUAGUUUCUGGUUCAUCAGCGCUGUCUGUUGCACAAUCUAACAUACCAAAUGCUGCUGGUGCCCAACCCCCUGUGGUUAGCUUGACUCCUUUACCCACUGCUGUUUCAGGGAGUUCUAGUGUUACUGCUGCUUUGGUUAAUGCCAAGACAUCACUAAGUGGCCUUGAUAAUGUUGCAUCUCAAGUUGCUGCCAGUUCUGUAGAUGGAGCAUCUGUGCUGCAUACUGAGGAAGUGAGAAAAGGAAUGGCUGUUGCAGGAAAAAGUGAUGCCAAUCCAUUAGAGGAGAAAACUCCGGAUGAUGAACCUUUAGUGUUUGCUAGUAAACAGGAGGCUAAAAAUGCAUUCAAAGCUCUCCUGGAAUCUGCUAAUGUUCAGUCUGAUUGGACUUGGGAGCAGACAAUGAGAGAGAUCAUUAAUGACAAGAGAUAUGGUGCUCUUAAAACACCUGGUGAACGGAAGCAAGCAUUUAAUGAGUACUUGGGUCAAAGGAAAAAAAUAGAAGCUGAGGAGAGGCGCAUGAGGCAGAAAAGAGCUAGGGUGGAAUUCACCAAGAUGUUGGAAGAGUCCAAAGAACUCACAUCAUCCAUGAAAUGGAGCAAAGCUGUAAGUUUGUUUGAAAAUGAUGAGCGGUUCAAGGCUGUUGAGAAAACCAGAGAUCGGGAGGAUCUUUUUGACAACUACAUUGUGGAACUUGGAAGGAAGGAAAGGGAAAAGGCUGCAGAGGACCACAGGCGGAAUGUAGCAGAAUAUAAAAAAUUUCUGGAAUCCUGCGACUUCAUUAAGGUAAAUAGCCCAUGGCGGAAAGUUCAAGAUCGCUUGGAGGAUGAUGAAAGGUGUUUGCGUCUUGAAAAACUUGACCGCUUACUCAUUUUCCAGGACUAUAUCCGUGACCUGGAGAAGGAAGAAGAGGAACAGAAGAAGAUACAGAAGGAACAACUGAGACGGGCAGAGCGUAAAAACCGUGAUCAGUUUCGCAAAUUGUUGGAAGACCAUGUUGCUGAUGGGUCUCUUACUGCAAAAACUCACUGGCAUGAUUAUUGUCCUAAGGUUAAGGACUUGCCUCAAUAUCAUGCUGUUGCAACAAAUUCCUCAGGUUCAACACCGAGAGAUUUGUUUGAUGGUGUUGCUGAAGAGUUAGAGAAACAGUACCAUGAUGAUAAAACUCGUAUAAAGGAUGCAAUGAAAACGGGGAAGAUUAACUUGUCAUCAGCAUGGACAUUUGAAGACUUUAAAGCUGCUCUUUCUGAUGAUGUUAGUUCCCCACCAAUAUCAGAAAUAAACCUGAAGCUUUUAUAUGAUGAGCUACUUGAAAGAGCCAAGGAGAAGGAGGAGAAAGAAGCUAAAAAGCGGCAACGGCUUGCUGAUGACUUCACUAAAUUAUUGUAUACUUACAAGGAGAUAACUGCAUCUUCUAGUUGGGAUGAUUCCAAACAACUUUUUGAAGAAAGCCAGGAGUAUAGAUCAAUUGGGGAAGAGAGUUUUAGCAGAGAGAUUUUUGAAGAAUAUGUUGCACACUUGCAGGAAAAGGCUAAAGAGAAGGAACGCAAACGCGAGGAAGAAAAGGCCAAAAAGGAGAAAGAGAGGGAGGAAAAAGAGAAGCGGAAAGAGAGAAAAGAGAAGGAGAAGGAGAAGGAACGUGAAAGGGAAAAAGGGAAGGAACGAACAAAAAAGGAUGAAACAGAUAGUGAAAAUGUUGAUCCAACUGAAAAUUAUACCCACAAAGAGGACAAGAAAAGGGAAAAAGACAAGGAUAGGAGACAUCGGAGACGGCAUCAAAGUGGUACUGAUGAUGUGAGUUCUGACAAGGAUGAGAAAGAGGAAUCUAAAAAAUCACGCAGACAUGGCAGUGACCGUAAAAAAUCAAGAAAGCAUUCAUACACACCUGAGUCAGAUAGCGAAAGCCGGCAUAAAAGGCACAAGAGAGAUCACCGCGAUGGUUCCCAUAGAAAUGGCGGCUAUGAGGAGCUAGAAGAUGGGGAGGUUGGUGGGGAUGGGGAGGCUCAUUAGUACCCUAUUGUCAGAUUGUAAGAUACAAGAAUUUUGCAGCUAGUUCUCAGGUUUUCCUAGCGCGUUCAGUUUGUUGCAAGAGAUUGUUACUGAAGAUAAAUGGUGCUGUUGUAGGUUUUGGAAAUAGGUGAAUGAGAACCUGCUGCUUUGAUGGAAUGUAUAAAGGUUUUCUCCCCCGGUUUUUUUCACUUAUGUGUUAAGAGAUCAUGAUUAGUGUUAGUGUUUGGCAUGUAUGUUGCCAAGUAAAUCAGAGGAGGAUUGUGGGGUAAGAAUGAUUCCGUGUUGAUAAUUUGGAAUUAAAUAGUGGUAAGUGAAUUGACGUUAACAGGCUUUUACAGGUUUAAUUUAUUUGCAUUAUUUUGGGUA